AUGGCGCGCGAACUGCGAGACAUCCGGGAGUUUCUGCAGACUGCGCGGCGCAAGGACGCGCGCAAGGUGGUGAUACACCGCAGCCUGCGCAGGCCCAAGGGGGCCCCCUUUGCUGCUGCUGCUGCAGCAGCAGUUAUAACAAAGUUCAAAAUAAGAUGUUCGAAGCAUCUUUACACUUUGGUGGUCACUGACAAGGCCAAGGCUCAGAAGAUCGAGGGUUCCCUCCCCCCCUCCCUCAAGCAGCAAGUCAUUCCCGCCAAAAAGUGA